UUAAGAAUUUCUAUUCUCUCUCCGCCCAUCCGCAGUUAUAUACGACUCUCUCUAUUAUAUAUAUACACACCAAAUCUGAGAGAGAGGUCAACUAGCAGAGCAAACAAGAGAGAGUAUGGAGGUGAAAGCAAGAGCUCCCGGAAAGAUCAUACUCGCCGGAGAACACGCCGUCGUUCACGGAUCAACGGCCGUCGCUGCCUCCAUCAAUCUCUACACUUACGUCUCCCUUCGCUUUCCCACUGCUUCUGGAAAUGACGAUACACUGAAACUCGAACUCAAAGAUUUGUCCCUAGAAUUUUCAUGGCCGGUUGGAAGAAUUAAACAAGCGCUCCCUGACUUGGAUAGUUGCCUUGCUUCAUCACCCACAUCAUGCCCACCGGAGACUAUGAAAUCAAUUGCAGCUCUAGUUGAAGAACAGAAUAUUCCAGAGGCAGAAACUGGGCUGGCUGCUGGUGUUUCAGCUUUUCUCUGGCUAUACACCUCUAUCCAAAGGUGUAAACCUGCAAAGGUAGUUAUCACCUCUGAGCUCCCAUUGGGCUCAGGCUUGGGUUCAUCUGCUGCACUUUGUGUGUCACUCUCAGCUGCCCUGCUCGCUUUGUCAGAUUCUGUAAAUCUUGAUUUCAGCCAUCAAGGUUGGUUAAUGUUUGGAGAGAGCGAUCUGGAAUUGGUGAACAAAUGGGCUUUCGAAGGUGAAAAAAUAAUCCAUGGGAGGCCUUCUGGUAUAGACAACACAGUAAGCACAUAUGGUAAUAUGAUCAAGUUCAGGCCAGGUGAUUUGACACGGAUCAAGUCCAAUAUGCCACUCAAAAUGCUCAUAACUAACACCAAAGUUGGGAGGAAUACAAAGGCAUUAGUUGCUGGUGUUUCAGAGAGGACUCUCAGGCAUCCAAAAGCUAUGGCAGCUGUAUUUACUGCUGUUGAUUCUAUUAGCAAUGAACUGGCUACUAUUAUCCAGUCUCCUGUUCUUGACGACCUUGCUAUAACUGAGAAGGAAGAGAAAUUAGAAGAAUUAAUGGAAAUGAACCAAGGAUUGCUUCAAUGUAUGGGGGUCAGCCAUUCUUCAAUAGAAACUGUGCUUCGAACAACGUUGAAAUACAAAUUAGUUACCAAGCUGACAGGAGCUGGUGGUGGAGGUUGUGUUUUGACAUUAUUACCGACCCUAUUAUCAGAAACAGUAGUGGAUAAAGUAAUUGCUGAACUAGAGUCCUGUGGAUUCCAAUGCCUGAUUGCUGGGAUUGGCGGAAAAGGCACGGAGGUCUCUUUCAGUGGUUUCCCUUGAUUUUUCUUGGUGUCAGCAUUUUAACAUUACCCAGAUCAGUCUCGUUUAAAGGAUCAGCAUUUCAACAUUACCUGGAUCAGUAAUUCUCUUUCGUCAAAUAAUGACAUGAAAAUGUAUACUUUCAUGUCAUUCCCACACUGCAAUGCUCUGUUUACUAUUACUGUCUGUACACUAACUCCAUUGUAUCUUUAUUGAAGUUCUCGGAGUCUUAUUAGUACUUCUGUACUUGGCAUUCUAUAUUUCUGUUUGAAAUAACUGUGAAAAUUUGUAUGGCUUCUGGAUUAUCUACAGAUGCUAUUUUGUUAUAGAUGAUGCUAUUUGGUCUCA